CAGCUGCUGCCGGCGUCUCGGGGGCUCCAGGCUGCGCGGCGGACUCAGCUUCGAGUGAUCCACAGCCGAGCCGCGCGAGGCCGCCCGAGCCCGGCCCCGAGCCUGGGCCCCGAGCCCCGAGCCCCGAGCCCCGAGCGAGUGCCGCCGCCGCCGCCGCCGCCGCCGCCGCGAGGAAGGCAGCCGGCGCGGAGCAAGUUGCGAGCGCGCCUCUCCGCCCGGGGAAAGUUUCCCCCGCGGCCGCAGGCGGGAGUUGGUGCGGGGUCCGGCCGCCGCCGUUGGAAGAAGUCCAGCAGGGCUUGUCCACACCCCUCCACAGCCGAACACAUUAUCUCCUUUCAUGCUCAACCAUUGAUUUGGAGUUUAUCCUGAAGCCAUCAUCACAGAGACCUCGAGAGAAUCUUGACACCCUUCAGCUGAAAGGAAAAGACACCAGUUGAAAGAGGACAAGCUGGGAAAAUAAAAGAAAUAGAUUGCGGCCCCUCUGACCCCUGGGAGAGGGGACUCCUGUCCUGCUGAGGCCCAGAGACCUACGCAGGUGAAGCAUCAUGGAAGGUGACUGUCUGAGCUGUAUGAAGUACCUGAUGUUUGUUUUCAAUUUCUUCAUAUUUCUGGGCGGGGCCUGCCUGCUGGGCAUCGGCACCUGGGUCCUGGUAGACCCCACCGGCUUCCGGGAGAUCGUGGCCGCCAACCCCCUCCUCGUCACAGGCACCUACCUCCUCCUGGCCAUGGGGGGCCUGCUUUUCCUGCUCGGCUUCCUGGGCUGCUGCGGGGCCGUCCGCGAGAACAAGUGUCUGCUGCUGCUGUUCUUCCUGUUUAUCCUGGUCAUCUUCCUGGCAGAGCUCUCAGCUGCCAUCCUGGCCUUCAUCUUCAGAGAAAAUCUCACCCGCGAAUUCUUCACCAAGGAGCUCACCAAGCACUACCAGGGCAAUAACGACACAGAUGUCUUCUCCGCCACCUGGAACUCAGUCAUGAUCACAUUUGGUUGCUGUGGAGUCAACGGGCCUGAAGACUUUAAGUUUGCGUCAGUGUUUCGACUCUUGGCUCUGGACAGUGACGAGGUCCCGGAGGCCUGCUGUCGGAGGGAACCCCAGAGUCGGGAUGGGGUCCUGCUGAGCAGGGAGGAGUGCCUCCUAGGAAGGGACUUGUUCCUCAACAAACAGGGCUGCUACACGGUGAUCCUCAAUGCCUUCGAAACCUACGUCUACCUGGCCGGAGCCCUUGCCAUUGGGGUGCUGGCCAUCGAGCUCUCCGCCAUGAUCUUUGCCAUGUGCCUGUUCCGCGGCAUCCAGUAGGGGGUGUGGCCUGAAGACUGAGCGCUCGCCCGCCCACCACUGCCCAGCACCCCCACCCCUCCCCCCACCCCUGCCCUCUCGGCUCCAGGGGAAGAGGCGAGGGUCCCCUGGGUGGCCAGGAGAAGGGGCGGGAGGAAAACAGCUAUUUUUUUAACAAAACAAAAUGAAGACAAAAACAGGGACAGAGGUAGCCCUUGUCUGGACUCUGGGAUGGGUUCCCUGGGCCUGAACCCAAGAUGCAGUCAGCACUGGAGACCAAAGGAACACCAGUCCCAGGAGCCCUCCUCGGGAACCGGGGCCCUGUCUCCUCACAGCUUCAGGACCUGGUGCCAAGAAAAUGAGGAUUUAGGCAAUGAAGAGUCAAAAGCAAAUCUCAGAGAGAGAAGUCGCAAAGCCCAGGGGGCCGCCAAGGAGACUCAGUCACCAUGUCCUUGAAGACUCGUAACCUGCUGCGUGAUCCCCGGUCCUCUGGGAUAGAGUUGACCACACGAGUGGGCUGCAGACACUGGAUCCAAGAAUGGCCCAGCUGGCAGGGCCCUUGCUUCCCCCAUCUGUUGGACCAAAUGAUCUCGAAGACUCAGAGAGGGGUAUGACUUGUCCACAGUCACACAGCACACACAUGACAGUCACAAAAGCCUGGGUCAUCUCCGGGCAGCCUGUCACUUCAUCCAGGGCUCUGUGGGUCCCAGCAGAUCUGCUGGCCACACCCAUCCCUGGCCCCAGUAUCCUGGUUUCCUGGGAAGACAGGAGGGCAGGCCAGGUGUCACCUGCUCCUGGCUCUAAAGCUGAGGAAAUUCUGGACUUUGUUCUCCUCUGGCCUCCCUACUUCUCCCUAAGCCCCCACCAACACACACGUGUGCACAUACCACGUUUUCUUUUCCAAACUGUACACCUCUCCCCACCACCCCGUUCCCUUCCCUGUUCUCCCCCAACUCUAUGGCUCCCAGAGCUAGAAGGAACUCCCAACUCAUCCAGCUUUCUCCACCAUGACCUCCCCAGAACCGAAGCUCAGAGGUCCUCCACAAGAUCCCUGCCAAGAAUUCUCUAUCCUCUGCUUACUCACCUCCAGGGACGGGAAACUCACUACCUCCCAAGGCAGCCCUCUGCAUUUGAACAGCUCUGACUCUGGCCUCAGCUCAACACAUGGAAGAGCUUUCUGUCUUUCUGUGGUUUCGUCCGUGGCAUCCCACUUGAGCUCUCCUUCCCAUUCAGUGUCUUGCCGUGAGCCCUUUGGUCUCCAGGCUCAAGAGCCCCCUGGCAUCUUAGUUGUUUCUGCUGUGACAUGGUUUCCUGUCCCUUCACCAGCCACGACACAUUUCUGGGUGUUCCCUCCAGGCCCAGCAGGGGGAGGUCUUCCCACCGGCUCAUUAACACACUCAGCAACCAGACAUCAGCUCCAUGUACACAGGCCACAAAUUCUAGAUCAUUGUUGAGCAGCUGUCACCGGCUUUGCUGAGGAGCCCGAGGGGUGGCCUGGGCUUGGUGGGAGAGGACAGUGUGAUCCUAAUUGGUGAUGUCUGCUGCAGGCCUGGGGAUAGAAGGAACAGCACCGUGCCUCAUCUCUCUCUCCACUGUCCCACUGCAGGGUGCUGGGGGACUGGCAGUUUCCCCUUGUGCCUUCUAGACACCUGGGGGGGGGGGGUGGUCAAAGCUGCAGCCUGGAGCUCGUGCUCCCCUGCCUCCGCCACCUGCCCCCUUCAGAGUCAACCAGAAGCUCUGUGCCUGCUGCAAAGCUUCAGUUUGACGCCCACCCACCUCCCCCUGGGCCUAUCCUGGCCUCCAAGCUGGGUCUUCUCCAAUUGUCCCUGGACCGGCAUGCCCUGACGACUCCAUAGGUAAUAACCUUGAGUUCCCUAAAGGCCGGACAUCCAGUGGAGCCAGGAGGAGCUGCCUCUGGUGCCCAGCCCAGCCUGAGAAGGGCCCAUCUCUAGACCCAAAUCACAAACAUUGCUCCAGCUUCCUAGGAAAGGCAAAUCUGAGUCUGAUUUAAAAAAAAAAGCCCAGGCUAAGUGGGAUUCAGGGUCAAAAUGGGCAGCCUGAGGCUCCAGCCCAGGGGCAUCCCAGCCUUCUGGGCCGCAUCUAGUCCCCCACUGCCCAGGUGAGUCUGGGGCUUGCAACAUAAGAGCACACAGCGUCUGGCUCUACGCACUCUCCUCUGGCCUCUUCUCCCACCCCCUCCUGUUAAGAGCGAAGAGGAGAGACUUGGUGGAAGCAGGAACAUCUGGCUGAAAAGGGGUCAAGGGUGCAUCCAAGACUCAUCUUCAAGGGUUUUCUUCAAGUUAUCAAAGAACAAUGAAUCAGCCCGACUCCCUUGCCAUCUGAUUGCAUCCUCAGGCCAGGAAGGGAAAGCAAGCGGUCUCUGCUCCCUAUACCAGCCCAGGCUGGUAGCUGUUUGCCAGGCUGCCUUAGGCCAUUCCUAGAGGGCGAUAAAAAAAGAAACAGGCUCUCAUAGCAGCUGUUUGGCUGCUUUGGGGUGCAGCAGGACCUCCUCCUUCACUUCUCCCACCCAGGAUUCAACUGAGUCUUCCUCUGACCCCACUAGCAGGGAAAAAGAGGGGCAAGACCUUAAGAUGUUGGUUAAACGCGUCACCCUGUACUGAAAGCCCAUUUCCUAUUCCAAAGCUGCUUCCUCUUGGAGAAGGGGGAUACAUCUCACAGGCCGCAAGUGGGGGCUAUUCCCUCUCCUGGGGCUCCAUUAAUAUCCAGUCUGUUGCUUGGGCCCCCCUCCCCAACUUUCUGCCUCUCUCUCCUGCCCUCACCUGAGGGGCCCAGAUAGGAUCCCCCAAACCAGCUGUGGCCUCAGCGCCCCCAUAUCCCACUGAGCCCACCCCUCCCUUCUCUGUGGGUCAUACAUUGAAAGUCUAUUUUGAAAAUUGUGAAUGUUCCUUACCGUAGAUAGAGCUAAUUUAUCAUGUUUAUCUCCUGUGAGCCCCCCACUUUUAUAUUAUAUACAAGAGGAGUUUUUUGUAAUAUAAAACAGGACACCCACACUGAA